AUGAGAGCUAGUUUCUCUGCUACCGACGUUCCUCUGAACGCUCCCCAUGGAGCCAAAGAGAGGCGCUUCUCCACAAACAAAGAGCCCACUGACAGCGAGUUGAGCUCAUCGGUCCAUCGCCAAUUCCGCAACGCUCACGAAGGACACAAACCUCAUGCUGGAUUGGAUCCCUCGCGCGCAUCUACCGGAGUGGUCUGGACUACUGAGAGAGCCUACGAGCAUGGCUUUGCUGAACACCCGGAAAAAUGGGCAAACUUGGGUCAAGGCGCUCCCGAGGUCGAUGAUGAGAUUGAGGGCUGCUUCGAGAGGCCCCACCAUAUCGAUGUGUCCAUGACUGGCCGUGAAUACGGUCCAACAGCUGGCAUCAAACCCUUGAGAGAGGCUGUUGCCAAUCUCUACAAUGAGCACCACCGCAAAGGUAAGGCGAGUCAAUACACCUGGGAGAACGUCUGCAUCGUCCCUGGUGGCAGAGCUGGUCUCAUCAGAAUCGCCGCCGUCAUCGGCAAUGCAUAUCUGGGCUUCUUCAUACCAGAUUACACUGCCUACAACGAGAUGCUGUCUCUGUUCCGUAACUUCAGCGCCAUUCCUAUUCCAUUGUCUAAGCAAGAUGGAUACCACAUGCACCCUGACAAGAUUGCGGAAGAAAUUGCUCGCGGAACCAGUGUCAUCUUGACCUCCAACCCUCGCAAUCCAACAGGACAGGUUCUUACAAACCCUCAGCUUGCUCAGAUCCAGGAUAUUUGUAAAGAUCGUGCGACAUUGAUCAUGGAUGAAUUCUACGGCGGUUACAACUACACUAGCGAUUGCGAUGGUACUGUUGUCUCAGCUGCUGACAACAUUGAAGACGUCAAUGAAGAUGAUGUCCUGAUCAUUGACGGUCUGACAAAGCGCUUCCGUCUCCCCGGUUGGAGAGUCGCCUGGAUCGUUGGACCCAAGGAGUUCAUCAAGGCUAUCGGCUCUUGUGGAUCUUACCUCGAUGGAGGCACCAACGUCCCCUUCCAAGAGGCUGCUAUCCCUAUGCUUGAGCCCACUAAAGUCAAGCACGAAAUGCGUGCCUUGCAACACCACUUCCGCGAAAAGAGAGACUAUGUUAUUGGUAGAUUGACUGAAAUGGGCUUCAAGAUCCCUCUUGUCCCUAACUCCACCUUCUACCUGUGGCUGGACUUGUCUUCGCUCCCCGAAGGCAUCAACGAUGGUCUCAACUUCUUCAACGCCUGUCUCCAUGAAAAGGUCAUUGUCGUACCUGGCAUCUUCUUCGAUCUCAACCCCAGCAAGAGAAGAGACCUGUUCGAUUCUCCUUGCCACAAGCACGUUAGACUGAGUUACGGUCCAAGAAUGGACGUUCUGAAGAUGGGUCUUGAUGGCAUCGAGAGAGUUGUCAAGAAGUAA